AUGACUCGAAAAGCAGCCUUCAUCACGGGCGGAGCCUCCGGCAUGGGCCUCGCAGUCGCGGAAGCUCUCUCCGCCCGCGACGAAUGGGACCUCCACAUCGUCGACCUGAACGCCUCAGCAGGUCUCAAAGCUGUAUCUACCCUCAAGAACGCACACUUCCACCAAACAGAUGUCACGUCCUACGAAUCUCUGACAGCAGCGUUCGAGGCCGCGUUCAAAGCGUCCGGACGCCUGGACUUCGUGUACGCGAACGCGGGGAUCGUCGAGAGGGAUAAUUUCUACGAGAAGCAUGACUUGUCGAAGCCGCCGCCGGAGCCGAAUCAGUUAAGCGUCGAUAUCAAUUACAAGUCUGUCGUGAACACGACUUGGCUUGCGUUGCAUUAUUUCAGGAAGAGUGAGAAGACCGACUACAAGCCGCUCCUAAUUAUGACAGCAAGUUGUGGUGGACUUUAUCCCUCUGAAUUCUGUCCAAUGUACUCGGGAUCAAAAGCUGCCGUGAUCCAUUUCAACCGUGCCAUCUCUUUCGCGUUCAGACAGGAGGGGAUCCGAACGUAUGCGACGGCACCUGGAACCAUUCGAACGAAUCUAAUGAACUCUGAUGAAUGGAAAUCGUUCCCUGAGCAGUUCUUCACUCCCAUGAAAACGCUCGUGAGGGGAGUGUUGCUUUUGGUGGAUGGAGGCGAUCUCGAAGACUCGAACGGGAGAAAGGUGGCAGAAGAGGAUGCCUAUGGUCUAACGGUAGAGGUAAAUGGCGAUAAUAUCUAUUUUAGAGACCAGGCGGCGUUCAGUGAUAAGAACAUGGAGGAUAUGAUGAAGUUUACGAGUAUGAAGAACCAACUCGCCAGGAUCGAGAAGACGAAAUCAGAGCAGAAUGAAGUCAAUGGAGCAUAGAAUUUGUAUGAUUGGGU